AUGUCACGCUUUCUUACUGAACCCAUUACGACUAAGACUUCCAAGACGUUUACAGCACCUGGUAUGACCAUUGGUACAGCAAGUAUGCAAGGAUGGCGUGAUGCAAUGGAGGACGUUGAUAUAGUAAAUAUUCCAAUGCAUCCAGAUGCAAUUGAUACCAUUUGUGUUGCUAUAUUUGACGGUCAUGGGGGAUCUGCUGUUUCCACGUACAUAGCUGAGAAGAUUGUAAAAGCUAUUACCGAUACCAAAGCUUUUAAGAACGAUCACAAGUCGCCAGAGUCUCUGGCUAUGGCUUUGUGUGAGGGUUUCAUGGUUGCUGAUGACAUGUUAAAAAACCAUCCACAAUUUAAAACUUCUUCUGAUGAAAUGGGUUCAACGGGACUGUUUGCUAUUGUGACGCCAAAAGACGUGGUAUGUGCCAAUGUGGGUGACUCACGAUGCAUUUUGAGCAAUGCUAAGAUUCCAGAGGUACUGCAAUUGUCAGUUGACCAUAAACCAGAUUUGGAAUUUGAAAAGCAGCGUAUUUUAGCAGCAGGAGGAACAGUCUUUCGUGGUCGCGUGUGCGGUGGUGUAGCUGUCUCACGGAGCUUUGGUGACUUGUGGUUUAAACGCAAUUCUGAGUUGAAGCCUCAUGAGCAGCUGGUAACGUCGGAACCUUGUGUCCGGGUGCAGCGUCGCGACCCGGCGGAUGAGUUUCUGGUGCUGUGCUGCGACGGAAUCUUUGACGUCAUGAGUAACGACCAGCUACGUAAGUUCAUUCGCAGCAAGCUAAAAGAUGGUGUAAAGGAUCCCAAGGACAUUGCAGAGAUGGUGCUGGAUGAGUGUUUAGCCAAGGGUAGUCGCGACAACAUGAGCGCCGUCGUCGUGCUCUUUGAUACCGCCUUCAAAAAGUAG